AUGGAACCACCAUCUGAUCCCAAUCUCAACUACCCUCCUCCUCCUGGCCCUCUAUCUCCACCCCCAGAAUCCUACAGACAGAAAAAAUCUGCAGACUCUAGUAUACAGUGGAACAAUUCCUUCAACCAACAACAUCCGCCUAUCAGUCGUAUUCCUCUGGCUCCUCCAGUUGAUUCUAAUGACUACUAUUCAAAGUUCUCCUUGUCUUCGUAUAACCAUCCUCAUGAGAUACCCCCCCCACGGGAUGUAUACACGCCUAAUACAAGCGACCACCCGCGACCUCUCCGUUCUGCGCUUCGACGUAGCGUUAGCUUUGCUCAAGACCCAGGCGUGAAGGAAUUCGAACCGGACGAUCAAGUGGACGAGCAUGAAGAAAUGGAUUCAUCAAUGGAGCGCGCCCAGAAAAGGCGAGGUAUUCCUUCACAAAUGAUCCAACUGUACGGCCUCAAUCGUGAAAUCGAGAUGGAACAACACGAUCGGACACCUAAAUCCUCCUUCUCAAGUUCAGAAUACACCUUUCAGCGUCCAAACUACCGACGUCUUGACUCUAUGGCCUCUGCUAGCUCUGAAGUUUUUGAUGAAUACGAUCCUCGCAUAACUGGCGUACGAGCAGAACACCUUGAUGACCACGAAGACCUCGAAAAGAAUGCACUUCGUCAGAUGGAUUAUAGGUCUCGCCGAAAACACUUGAUGAGGGUGAAGAUUGAGUUCAAUGUAGUCUGUGAGCACAUGAUGAAUGCUCUUGCCAACCUCCGCACAAACUGA